UCAGCUAGACAGAUUUAGCAGCAGCUGGAGAAACAGUGUCCCAAACGGGCACCGUAACACUGAAUGUUACUCUCCUCUACCGUCGCUCAGUCAGACACCUUCUCCCUCAAAAAAAACGUCGCUCUGUGAGGUGCCACCAGGCCACAUAAAACCAAAAUGGAGAUCUCACUUGAAGAUGAUAGCAGCAGCUCAUCACCCAACUUUGAGUACAAAGGCGCUCACCAAGCCUUCAGGGAUCGCUGGAAACAGACUGAUGACACUAUGUGUCGCCACAGCAUGUCCUUCCACCUGCACCACACGCUGAGGAGCGAGUUCUUUGCCAGCUACCUGUACCUGCUGGAGAAGACUCCUCUGGUGAAGCUGUUCCCUGUCACCUGUGAGUACAUCAAAGGAGAGAAACAGUUUUACUACCGAGCUCAGCAGUUCUAUGAAGAUGUGUCGGCCUCGGAGGAGGGCAUGAUGGGAGAUUUUGUGGAGAUAUCCAACGUUGAUCUGGAGGGUUCCCGGCAAUUUCUGAAGAGGUUUGUGGGUCCUGGUAAGGCCGGCACACACUGUGCCCUGGACUGUGGCUCUGGGAUUGGGCGUGUAACCAAAGGUGUCCUCCUUCCUGUGUUUGAAAAGAUGGAAAUGGUGGACAUGAUGGAGCACUUCCUCCUCCAUGCACACGAGGAGUACCUGGGCGACGACGCCGACCGCAUUGAGACCUACUACUGCUUCAACCUGCAAGAGUUCACACCUCCAAAAAACAAAUACGACGUCAUCUGGAUGCAGUGGGUGGCAUGUCACCUAACAGACAAGGACCUGCUGAACUUCCUGAUUCACUGUAAGAAGAGCUUGCGUCCAAAUGGUGUCAUCAUAAUAAAGGACAAUAUGGCGCGGCAGGGCUGCAAGCUGGACCCCAUCGACAGCAGCAUCAGCCGCCACCUGGACAUCAUGAAGAGCAUCAUCGCCAAGGCUGGCCUGGAGGUCCUGGCUGUUGAGAAACAGGAGGGCUUUCCUGACGUCAUCAUGCCUGUCUGGAUGAUCGCUAUGAAGUAGAAGCGACAUUAUUACAGUGAAAAGUUUCAGAUUGUUGUUUGUCUGUGUUUGUCAAAAACUUAAAGGAAAAUCCACCAUAAAUCUGACCUAACAUGUUAUUCCUGUUCUUUUAAAAUCUGAUUUUAGAAUAAUUCUCUAAAAACUACAACAACAUCAACAAAAUCUUCACAAUAUCAUCAGGAGAUAAAUCCUGGAGCGUAACGGCACCCAGGGCGAUUUUAUGGAGACAGGAGAGUUUUUUUUUUCUGCUUUGCUCUGAAAUGAAAUAAAGCUUCUCUGAAACGUUAUAUGUCUACAGAAGCACUUUGCGCGUCCACAAAGCCAGGCUGUGAUUUAUCGUCCACCGACCUCCUCCAGGUUUUGUGUCUUGAUGACAUCAAACGUCAGAGCCUCAAUUCUCUGUGGGAGAAGCUUGUUCCUGCCUGAACCACCAGGAUCAUUGGAAUAACAUGUGAAUUUAGAUUUGCUGUUGGGUUUCUCCUCUGAGCGAAUGAUCUGUAUCCAUGUUUGACUCAAUCAAACAUGUUAGACUGCGAGUACAGCACAUCAACAAUAGUAAUGUAUCAUCUCGGAUUUAAAAACAAUGGCUUUAUAUUUUUGAGUAUGACUAACAUGUAAUCUGUAUCUAGUGUCAUGUUGAAAACCUGAUCACAGGACUCUACAGUCACACAUGGUUUUAAAAAGUGUUCUUGUUAAUAUCAUUUUGCCCACAUUGUGAUCAGAACUCCACCUAUGUAUAUUUGGUAGGUGGAGCUGUCAACCCCACAUUAGGUUCCAGGUUUUGAAAGUGUGUGCAGUGUCGAUCUUGUGUUUUUGGUGUGAAAGCCCUUUUUCACAUAAGAGCGUGAUCAGAGCCAUAAAAGAAGCUUAUUAGUGUUAGCACUAGUCGGCUGCCCUGUCGGUGACGGGACGUUUGUCCUGCACGUUGUGCAGCAGCAGUUUCUGAAGUGUCCUGAAGUGAUGCUGCUCUGUGAGCUCUGCUUAUUGCUGAGAAGGAGCUCGUCUGUAGUGUUUUAGCAGGAAGUUUAGCAAGAAGCAGUGGAGGCAGGUGACUUUUCAACUUGGUUGGGCAGAUUUUUUUAUAAAGAAUGUGGUCACAGAUUUCAUUUACACUCGCCCACCUCUACACAGGCUCUGGCUCAGCAGAUUGUCUUCUGACUGCACUACACACUGUGCAGUUACAUCAGCAUUAAUUAGUGUUUUUCCUGAACCAGAUGAGAUAUCCAGAUACAGACCACAUGUUAAUCACACCUCUCAGUAUGGCAUGUAGAUACCGUUGCUUUAGGAGAAAUAAUGUUCAUUCAUUGUAUUUAGUGCACAUAUUAUUGGCCAGAUGUAAAUAUUGUGUUUUUAUGUGAGAAUGUGUUUUAUACUUUUGCUUGUAAUAUUGCAGAUUAAUAGAUGUGUCAUUUUUAUAUUGAUUUCCUCUGUGUGCUGCUUAAACUUAGACUAGAAUUGUGCUGCUUUACUUGCUUCAAUUCCACUGUCCAGAACAACAUGAAUACACUGAGCUGCAGUUGUGCUGUUUUUCUAAGAGAGAAAUGCCAAACUCUGGAAGCAUAUGGAUGUAGUUUUAUGAUUUUUAAAUGCUCUUUUCAUAUAUGAUGAUUUUCAUCCCAUGUUCCAAACAAACGCUAAUAGGAUUAGAGAUGGGUAAUCACCUUUGGCUAUUAUAAUCAGGCCUGGAACAUAAACGCUUACCAAUUUUCCCUAAAUAUUCCUGCAGUACCGCCGGUCCACACCCCUGACAGUGACCGAGCUGCAGUCCUCCACAGAGUGGGCUCAGAUAAUUGAGAUCCUCUCAAAUCGUUAUGGUAAUUCUCCUAAGUAUUAUUACUGUUAUUAUUUUUUUCAGACUAACAGUAGAAGCAGCACAUUGUUUUGGGCUAAUGACUUUCAGCUGGGCCCCUGAGGUAGAUGGGGGGGUUGAUUAUUUCCUGGUUUUGACAGACAGUGCCUGCUUUCAUAUCUGCCCUGGCUUCAUUUCAGGCCUGUCAGAUGUUGUCUGCAUAAAACACAUCCAGGAAUCGCCUCAAAUAUUCAGCAUUUGCGUGCGUAAGCACUCGACAGGAGUGGUGCAGAGUUGUUCCUCCCUGAGCUUUUCAUGAAAGGAUAGUUUGUCAAUGAGUGGGCUGACUUUGAGAAAGUACAAAAUCAUUGACGUGUUGAAGGCGAGAUGGCGUGAGAUGAUCUCCGCAGUAUGUUUCUCUCGUCAGAAUGACUCUUUUGAGAUGUGAAUAGACCAAACACAUUUUCCACAUCCCGUAUGAAUUAAAGAUCAAAAU